AUGUUCAGCCAAUUUCGUCAAGCUGUCGAACAGCUAGCGCAACAAGUUCCCCAUGGACUAGACAUUUCAUCGCCGGAGGACCAGCGUGACAGCGCAUCGCAUCCUCGCUCUCUGGAUUCACAGCCAACGCGUUCUGCAACACCAUUAUCUUCGGGACAAUUGGCAGAGUCUGCACUAUAUUCUCUACGCAAGUCUCUGGCCUCGCAACGAUCCGGAAGUCCAGCCGGACGCACAGGGAGCCCAUCGUCUUUGCCCGAGAGUAGGACACCAAAAGGCAAUCUAGAAGAAAGGUUACGUAGAGCCACAUUUGCCAUCGGAGAAGCUUCCGGCCCCUCCACUGCACAACCUUCCGCAAGAGCUUCACCAUCAUCUACGCCACGCACAAUAGUUGAACGUCACCCGCUAUCACCUUCCUCUACACCGCUUCCUGAUUCUCCCCUGCUUACCCCUUCUACCGAAGACACCUUUCAACUCGAGCCUGCGCCAAUGUCUCCACCUUCUUUAACCCUUUUGAAUUCAGAGGCCCCCCCUUCACAGCAUACAAAGUUGAAGGAACUCAAUGGCGAAAAUCUUAUGUCGCCAGAAGCAAUCUCCUUGCUCGACGGCGAAUGUAUUAACUUUGACCAUUCCAAUAUACCCGAUUCCACCCUCCCAUCGAAGGAGAAUCGCGCAGGUGACAAGGAGAGUGACCAAGUUAGGGGUCCACCACUUGAAGAGGAAGAGCAACCGACCUCACAAAACUCUCCAGGUACGAAUGUGGAAGAUCUUCAAGAACGACUUCGACAAGUAGAGCAACGGUUUUCGGAUGUUUCGACAUCGUUUAAACGGCUACAAGCGGAAAAAUUAGCUGCGGAUCUUGUACUUCGUGACUUGACAUCAUUGCAUAGCAUACAAGAUACUGCUGCAUUACGGGAUUACCUGCAAGACACUAAUACAAAGGUGGAGGUUAGAAGUCUAUGA